GGCGCGGGGCCGGCGCAGCCCCGCAGCGGCCGCGCUGGAGGCCGCGGCCAUGGGCGCGAGGGGCCAUGGGCUCCGGGGCUGCGGGCGGGCCGGCACACGGCAGCGCCCCGCUCUGCCCCUGCUCGCCGCCGCCACCACCUCCCCCGGAGCCGCGCCCCGCACCGCGCUGCCCGCGGGGGACCCGCCGGCUCUCGGAGACCGGUGCGGGGCGGCGCGGGGAGGGAGCGGCGGGGCGCGGGGGGCUGCGGGCCGCCGCCUCGCUGCCGCACAUCGCGCGGGGCCGCGGCGAGGAGGGCGCCGGGCGCCGCAGCCCCUGCCUGCUCGUGGCGCUGCGGCCGCGCAACGUGGAGGCGGAGCGGGAGCGCUUCUUCCGCGCCAGCUUCGCCUACGACCCGCAGUUCGAGUACGCGGAGCCGGUGCCCGCCGCCGUCCUGGACAAGUACGGGGCCGCCUCCGACCGCUUCGUGACUCAGGCUAUCAGGAUCAUCCGUGCAGUCCUGGAGAAGUAUGGGACCUACGAGAGCUUCGAGGUCGCCACGGGCGGGAAGCUGCUGAGCAAGUGCCAGAUCUGGUCCGUGAUCCGAAAGUACAUGCAGAAGGAAGGCUGUGUGGGAGAGGUGGUGGUGCAGCUCACCGAUGACCUCCUGUCCCAGGCGGUGAUGAUGGUGGAGGACAGCAGGCCCACACUGGCCAUCAACCUGGCUGGAGCCCGGCAGCACUGGCUGGAGGGGAUGCUGCGCCACGAGAUAGGCACCCACUACAUCCGGGGCGUGAACAACACGCGCCAGCCCUGGCACAGCUCCGAGGGCCGCAAGCAGUACAGCCUGAAGCCCGCCAACCCCACGGAGGAAGGCUUGGCCAGCCUGCACAGCGUCCUCUUCCGCAAGCAGCCCUUCCUGUGGCGGGCAGCGCUGCUCUACUACACCAUCGAGCGGGCCAGCCGCCUGUCCUUCUCCGCCCUCUUCCAGGACCUGGAGCAGUACGUGCAGGACGCCGGUGUCCGGUGGGAGUACUGCGUGCGGGCGAAGAGGGGCCAGACAGACACCUCACAGCCAGGAUGUUUCAGUAAGGACCAGGUCUACCUGGACGGGAUUCUCCGCAUCCUGCGCCAUCGGCAGACCAUCGACUUCCCGCUGCUGGCUGCGCUUGGAAAGGUCUCCUACGAAGAUGUGAAUCGGCUGAAGAAAUUCGGGGUCCUGGAGAAGGCGCGCAUCCCCCAUUUCAUGCAGGACCUGGAGCGGUACAUGAAGCAGCUGGAUCACAUCGUCACCACCAACGGCCUGAACGAGGAGGAACUGGAGCAGCUGCUGCCUGACUGAGGGGCAGCCCCCAAACCAGCACCCCAAGGGUGUAACUGGUGCCAUUUAACUGGGUAUUUAUUGGGGCUGGAGGAGAGGGCAGAGCCCGAGCCGGGUGCCCGGGGGGCCGCUGUGCAUGUACCGCUGUGUAGGGUAGCGCGGCCGAGGGCCAGUGUGGGUAGUGUUGAUGUGUUCCCCCCCAACAUCGUCCCUGCGUAUUUUGGGGACGGCUGUGCGGCUCCACGUGGCUUUGGGGAGCUGGAGAAGAGGGUUCAGGGGGAGUGAGGGCAGAGCUGGGGCGACGUGCUGGUCCCCGAGUGCAGAAGGCUGUGCCGGGGAGUUGCAAUGGGGGGAUUUCCAUACGGAUCCUGGGGGUGCUCCCAGCACUGCGGGGGCACCUACACGGGGCCAGCAGACAGGGCUGGGGGCUCUGUGCUGUGCCUAGCAGGGAAUCCAAGGGCUGGCCUGCACCCAGAGAUCUCCCCAUGGAUGCCUUUGCUGCUCCCUAUGCUUCCCCUCAUGCCCCCCACCAGCAGCAGGAAGGACUUGAAUCCCCCAAAUACCAAUCUCUGUCCAGCUCUGCACCCCAACUGCAGCCACCCCGCCUGGCUUUGAGGACUCAGGGUGGGGAUUGGGCUUGAUGUUAGUCAAAAGCGUGUAAUAAAGAUGAUGUAAUGGAAAA